UAGUCUGAGGACCAGCUGAAGAGAGGGCUGCUGGGCCAGAGCUGUCACUCCUGGGCUGUGGAGGGGGUGAGACCCAGGAGUCCCUACCCCACUGUCUGAGCCCCCUGCCUGCGUGCUGCCCAGACCCUCUGUAGACAGGUCCCUCCCACCCCCGCCCACACCACCAUGGAUCACUCCUCAUUCAGCGGCGCGCCCCGUUUCCUGGCCCGGCCCAAAGCUUUUGUGGUGUCGGUGGGCAAGGACGCCACCCUGAGCUGCCAGAUCGUGGGCAACCCUACGCCGCAGGUGAGCUGGGAGAAGGACCGGCAGCCGGUGGAGGCAGGCGCUCGCUUCCGCUUGGCCCAGGACGACGACCAAUACCGCCUCACCAUCCUGGAUCUGGCGCUCGGCGACAGCGGGCAGUACGUGUGCCGCGCGCGCAACGCCAUUGGAGAGGCUUUCGCUGCGGUUGGCCUGCAGGUGAACGCAGAGGCCGCGGUCGCUGAGCAGGCGCCCCACUUUUUGCUACGGCCCACGUCCAUCCGCGUGCGGGAGGGUGCAGACGCCACCUUCCGCUGCCGCGUGCGUGGCUCGCCGCCGAUGGCGGUGAGCUGGGCCAAGGACGGGCGGCGCCUGGGGGCACCCGACGCUCCCCGGGUGCGCGUGGAGGAAAGCGGCGAGGCAAGCGCGCUGCGCAUCCAGGCCGCUCGGCCGCUCGACGGCGGCACCUACACGGUGCGCGCCGAGAACCCGAUGGGCGCCGCCAGCGCUGACGCCGCGCUCACCGUGGACCCGGACGCCGACCCCAGCGGCCCGCCAGGGGCUUCCACUGCUGCGCUCCUUGCACACCUGCAGCGGAGGCGCGAGGCGAUGCGCGCCGAGGGCGCCCCAGCCUCGCCGCCUGGCACCGGCACGCGCACCUGCACGGUGACUGAGGGCAAACACGCGCGCCUCAGCUGCUACGUCACCGGUGAGCCCAAGCCCGAGACCGUGUGGAAGAAGGACGGGCAGGUGGUGGUCGAGGGCCGGCGACACGUGGUGUACGAGGACACGCAAGAGAACUUCGUGCUCAAGAUCCUGUUCUGCAAGCAGUCGGACCGCGGUCUCUACACCUGCACCGCGUCCAAUCUCGUGGGUCAGACCUACAGCUCCGUGCUUGUGGUUGUACGAGAGCCCGCCGUGCCCUUCAGGAGGCGCCUGCAGGACUUGGAGGUGCAGGAAAAGGGGUCGGCCACGUUCCAGUGCGAGGUGGCGCUGCCGGCCACGGAGGCCGCGUGGUUCAAGGAGGAGACGCGGCUGUGGGCGAGCGCCAAGUACGCCUUGGAGGAGGCGGGCACCGAGCGCCGGCUGAUCGUGCGCAACGUUUCGGCCGACGAUGAUGCGGUGUACGUCUGUGAGACAGCCGAGGGCAGCCGCACAGUGGCCGAGCUGGCGGUGCUAGGCAACCUCACCCGGAGGCUCCCGAGGAAGACGGCGGUGCGGGUGGGGGACACAGCCAUGUUCUGUGUGGAGCUGGCCAGGCCUGUGGGCCCCGUGCACUGGCUGAGGAACCAGGAGGAGAUGGUGGCUGGGGGCCGUGUGGCCAUCACCACCGAGGGCACAUGCCACACGCUGACCAUCUCCCAGUGCCACCUGGAGGAUGUGGGCCAGGUGGCCUUCGUGGCUGGGGACUGCCGCACGUCCACCCAGUUCUGCGUGUCGGCCCCCAGGAAGGUGCCCCUGCACUCCCCUGAGGCCCCUGUGGUGAAGGCCAGGACUGAGUGCUCUGUGAGGCUGGGCUGGUCCCCUCCUCUCCACGGUGACCGUCCUGUUGCCAUCGAUGGCUACCUGGUGGAGAUGAGGCGACUUGGUGCCCACACCUGGAGCCGGUGCCAUGAGGCUGAGUGGGUGUCCACACCCGAGCUGACCGUGGCAGGUGUGGCUGAGGAGGGGGACUUCCAGUUCCGGGUGUCAGCUGUGAACAGCUUCGGCCAGAGCCCCUACCUCGAGUUCCCAGGGACGGUCCACCUGGUCCCCCAGCUGGUGGUGAAGACACCCCUGAAGGCAGUGGAGGCAGUGGAGGGUGGUGAGGUGACCUUCUCCGUGGACCUCACCUCAACCUCAGCGGGCAAGUGGUUCCUGGACGGGCAGGCCCUGCAGGCCAGCAGUGUGUACGUGGUCCGCUGGGACGGCACCCGGCACACACUCACCAUCCGCUCAGUGCCCGCCAGCCUGCAUGGCGCGGAGCUCAAGUUUGUGGCCGAUGGCAUCGAAAGCAGCAUCUGCAUAGAGGUUCGAGAGCCAGCAAUUGUGUUUGCCAAGGAGCAGCCAGCACGCAGUGAGGUGCAGGCCGAGGCGGGGGCCAGCGCCACGCUGAGCUGCGAGGUGGCCCAGGCCCAGACGGAGGUGACAUGGUACAAGGAUGGGAAGAAGCUGAGCUCCAGCUCGAAAGUGCACGUGGAGGCCAAGGGCUGCACCAGGCGGCUGGUGGUGCAGAAGGCGGGGAAGGCGGAUGCCGGGGAGUACAGCUGCGAGGCUGGGGGCCAGAGGGUCUCCUUCUGCCUGGACGUCACAGAGCCCUCAGUGGUGUUUUCCAAGAACCAGCCAGCAUGCAGUGAGGUGCAGGCCAAGGCGGGAACCAGCGCCACACUAAGCUGUGAGGUGGCCCAGGCCCAGACAGAGGUGACGUGGUACAAGGAUGGGAAGAAGCUGAGUUCAAGUUCAAAAGUGCAAAUGGAGGCCACGGGGCACACUAGGCAGCUGGUGGUGCAGCAGGCAGGGAAGGAAGAUGCUGGGGAUUACAGCUGCGAGGCCAGGGGCCAGAAGGUCUCCUUCCAUGUGGACAUCACAGAGCCCUCGGUGGUGUUUCCCAAGGAGCAGCCAGCGCACAGUGAGGUGCAGGCCGAGGCGGGGGCCAGCGCCACGCUGAGCUGUGAGGUGGCCCAGGCCCAGACAGAGGUGACAUGGUACAAGGAUGGGAAGAAGCUGAGCUCCAGCUCGAAAGUGCACAUGGAGGCAAAGGGCUGCAACAGGCGGCUGGUGGUGCAGCAGGCAGGGAAGGUGGAUGCCGGGCAGUACAGCUGUGAGGCCGGCGGCCAGAAGGUGUCCUUCCGCCUCGAUGUCACAGAGCCCUCGGUGGUGUUUGCCAAGGAGCAGCCAGCGCACAGUGAGGUGCAGGCCGAGGCGGGGGCCAGCGCCACGCUGAGCUGCGAGGUGGCCCAGGCCCAGACGGAGGUGACAUGGUACAAGGACGGGAAGAAGCUGAGCUCCAGCUCGAAAGUGCACAUGGAGGCCAAGGGCUGCACCAGGCGGCUGGUGGUGCAGCAGGCAGGGAAGACAGACGCCGGGCACUACAGCUGUGAGGCCAGUGGCCAGAAGGUGUCCUUCCGCCUGGGCGUUGCAGAGCUGGAGCCUGAACCCCCAGCCCUGGAAAGGCGCACUCGUCGGGAGCCUCUGGUUGUCAGGGAACAUGAGGACAUCGUUCUGAUGGCCACACUGGCCACGUCUUCUGUGGCCACAGUGAUGUGGCUCAAGGAUGGCGUGGAGAUUCACCGCAGCAAGCGGCACCAGAUGACCAGCCUGGGGGACAUGCACACACUCAUGGUGUGUGGCGCACAGCCCCUGGACAGUGCCGUGUACAGCUGCCAUGUGGGCGCCCAGGGCCAGGACUUCCCAGUGCAGGUGGAAGAGGUGGCUGCCAGGUUCUGCCAGCCCUUGGAGCCUGUGAGCGGAGAGCUGGGAGGCACCGUGACGCUCACCUGCGAGCUGAGCCCAGCGCAGGCUGACGUGGUGUGGCGCCAUGGGAGCACGCAGCUCAGGGCCGGCAAGCGCUUCCAGAUGGUGGCCGCGGGCCCCCUGCGCUCACUCACCGUGUUGGGCCUGCGGCAGGAGGAUGCUGGGGAGUAUGUGUGCGAGAGCCGUGAUGACCACACUAGCACGAGCCUCACAGUCAGCGCUCCCCGAGUGGUCAAGUUCAUGUCAGGGCUGAGUGCCGCUGUGGCGGAGGAGGGCCAGGAUGCCACCUUCCAGUGUGUGGUGACCCCCAGCGAUGCAGCAGUCACCUGGUCCCGGGACAGUGCCCUGCUGCAGUCCAGUGAGAAGUUUCUCAUCUCGCAGACUGGCGCCAGCCACAGCCUGACCAUCUUGGGCCUGACCCUAGAGGACGCUGGCCAGAUCACCGCAGAGGCUGAGGGUGUCAGGUCCACCGCUGCUCUCCGGGUCCGAGAGGCACCGGUGCUGUUCAAAAAGAAGCUGGAGCCACAGACAGUGGUGGAGCGAAGCUCAGUAACCAUGGAGGUAGUGCUGACACGGCCUUGGCCUGAAGUUAGGUGGACGCGGAAUGCAGUGACCCUGGUGCAGGGCGAGAACGUGGAGAUCCACGCUGAGACCGUGAGCCACCGCUUGGUUCUCCGCAGUGUGAGUUUCGCAGACCGCGGUUUCUAUGGCUGUGAGACACCGGACGACAAGACACAGGCCAAGCUCACAGUGGAAAUGCGCCAGGUCCUCCUCGUGCGGGGCCUGCAGGCGGUGGAGGUCCCGGAGCAGGGCACAGCCACCAUGGAGGUGGAGCUGUCACACACCGAAGUGGAGGGAAGCUGGACACGCGACGGCCUGAGACUCCAGCAGGGGCCCACGUGCCAGCUGGAAGUGCAUGGCCCCACCCACACCCUCACACUCUCCAGGCUGCAGCCGCAGGAUUCUGGCCUCAUCGCCUUCAAGGCUGAGGGCGUGCACACAUCAGCACGGCUCCUGGUCACUGAGCUGCCUGUGAGGUUCAGCCGCCCGCUGCAGGAUGUGGUGGCCAUGGAGAAGGACAAAGUGACCCUGGAGUGUGAGCUGUCGCGCCCCAAUGUGGACGUGCACUGGCUGAAGGAUGGUGUGGAGCUGAGGGUGGGCAAGACCAUGGGCAUGGUGGCCCAGGACACUUGCAGGCGUCUCAUCAUUUACCAUUGUGAGCUUGGGGACCAGGGCCUGUAUGUGUGUGAUGCUCACGAUGCUCAGAGCUCAGCCUCCUUGAAGGUUCAAGGCCGCAAUGUCCAGAUCACGAGGCCCCUGGUGGAUGUGGAGGUGAUGGAGAAGGAGGGUGCCACUUUCUCCUGUGAGGUCUCCCACGACGAGGUGUCUGCUCAGUGGUUCCGGGAGGGCAGUAAGCUUCGGCCCAGUGACAACGUGCGCAUACGCCAGGAAGGAAGGACAUACACUCUCAUCUACCGGAGGGUCCUGGCAGAAGACGCAGGGGAAAUAAAGUUUGUAGCCGAAAGUGCAGAAUCGCGAGCUCAGCUCCGAGUGAACGAACUACCAGUGGCUAUCCUGCGUCCGCUGCGGGACAAAAUAGCCAUGGAGAAGCACCGUGGCGUGCUGGAGUGCCAGAUGUCGCGGGCCAGUGCCCAGGUGCGGUGGCUUAAGGGCAGUGUGGAACUGCAGUCAGGGCCCAAGUAUGAGAUGGUCAGUGAUGGCCUCUACCGCAAGCUGGUCAUCAACGAUGUGCAACCUGAUGACGAGGAUAUGUACACGUGUGACGCCGGCAAUGUUAAGACCAGUGCCCACUUCUUUGUGGAAGAGCAAUCCAUCACCAUAGUGCGGGGGCUGGAGGACGUGACGGUGAUGGAGCCUGCCCCUGCCUGGUUCGAGUGUGAAACCUCCAUCCCCUCGGUGCGGCCACCCAAGUGGCUCCUGGGGAAGACGGUGCUACAGGCAGGGGCAGAUGUAGGCAUGGAGCAGGAGGGCACGGUGCACCGGCUCACACUGCGGCACACCAGAUCCACCAUGACUGGGCCAGUGCACUUCACCAUCGGCAAGUCACGUUCCACCGCCCAUCUGGUGGUCUCAGACAUCCCCAUGGUUCUCACGCGUCCGCUGGAGCCCAAGGCGGGGCGCGAGCAGCAGUCCGUGGUCUUGUCCUGUGACUUCAAGCCACCCCCCAAGGCUGUGCAGUGGUACAAGGAGGACAUGCCCCUGGCGCCGUCGGACAAGUUCAAGAUGAGGAUGGAGGGCCAUAUGGCCGAACUGCGCAUUCUGCGCCUCUCGCCUGCCGACGCAGGCAUCUACCGAUGCCAGGCAGGCAGCGCUCAAAGCAGCGCCCAGGUCACCGUGGAAGCGCGCGAGGUGAUGGUGAUGCAGCCUCCGCGCGACGCCGAGGUCACGGAGGAUGGCCGCGCCUGCUUCUCCUGUGAGCUGUCCCACGAGGAUGAGGAUGUGGAGUGGUCGCUCAAUGGCGUGCCUCUGUACAACGACAGCUUCCACGAGAUCUCCCACCAGGGCCACUGCCACACGCUGGUGCUGAAGUGCGUGCGGCGGAACGACACCGGCAUCGUGCGCGUCUCCUCCCCGAAGGUGUCAGCCACUGCCCGCCUGGAGGUCAAAGCAAAGCCGGUGGUGUUCCUGAAGGCUCUGGACGAUGUGUCUGCAGAGGAGCAGGGCACGCUGGCCCUGAAGUGUGAGAUCUCGGACCCCCAAGCCCGCGUGGUGUGGCACAAGGACGGUGUGGAGCUUGGCCCUGGCCACAAGUAUGACUUCCUGCACACGGCAGGCAUGCGCGGAUUAGUGGUGCACGACCUGAGCCAGAACGACGCGGGCCUCUACACCUGCAGGGUGGGCUCAGAGGAGACCCGCUCAGUGGUCAGCGUGCACGACCUGCAUGUGGGCAUCACCAAGAGACUGAGGACAGUGGAGGUGCUGGAGGGCCAGAGCUGCAGCUUCGAAUGCAUCCUGUCCCAUGAGAGCACAGGCAAUGUGGCCAUGUGGACAAUGAGCGGGAAGCCAGUGGGCAGUUCUGGCCGCUUCUGGGCCACAUGUCAGGGCCGCAAGUACAUGCUGGCUGUCCAGGAAGCCCUGCCAAGUGACGCUGGUGAGGUGGUCUUCUCUGUGGGGAACCUCACCUCCAAGGCCUCGCUCAUCGUCAAAGAGAGGCCCACGGAUAUCACCAAGCCACUGGAGGACCAGCGGGUCACGCUGGGCGAGGAUGUGGUGCUGAGCUGCGAGCUGUCACGGGCUGGCGCCCCAGUGCGCUGGCUUAAGGACGGGAAGGCUAUCCGCAAGAGUCAGAAGUACGAGCUGCUCACUGAAGGCUCCCGGGCCGUGUUGGUUGUCCGAGCAGCCUCCCUCAAGGAUUCGGGCAGGUACACAUGUGAGGCGGAGGUGUCCAGCAGCACAGCCAGCCUCCAUGUGGAAGAAAAGGCAAACCGGUUUACCCAGGAGCUGGUCGAUCUACAGGUGGAGGAGAAAGGCACGGCUGUGUUUGUGUGCCAGACGGAGCAGCCGGCAGCCACGGUGACCUGGCGAAAGGGCCUCAUGGAGCUGAAGGCCUCAGGGAAACACAUGCCCAGCCAGGAGGGUCUGACCUUGAGGCUUACUGUCCAUGCCCUGGAGAGGGCAGACAGCGAUGUCUACACCUGUGACAUCGGCCAGACUUCGACCCAGGCCCGGCUCCUGGUGCAAGCCCCAGACCCCUGCGUGCGCGGGAGGAACCUAGAGGCAGAAUGCAGUUCACACUGCCGGAGCGUGCUUAUCACAGAGGGCCUGGAGGAUGUGGAGGUGCGGGAGGGCUCCUCCGCCACCUUCUGCUGCCGCAUCUCACCCACUGACUACGGGCCAGUCCACUGGUUUCUGGAUGAGAAACCCCUGCAUACCAACGAGCUCAGCGAGAUCAAGGCCCAGCCAGGCGGCUACCACGUGCUGACCCUGCGGCAGCUUGCGCUCAAGGACUCAGGCACCGUCUGCUUUGAGGCGGGUGACCAGCGGGCCUCAGCCACCUUGCAGGUCACAGAAAAGCCAAGUGCCUUCUCCCGGGAGCUCACUGACACCACAGUCAUGGAGGGUGAGGACCUGACCCUGGUCUGUGAGACCGCUGUCCCAGAUAGCCCUGUGAGCUGGACCAAGGACGGGAAGGCCCUGCGGCCAUCAGCCCGGUGCCAACUGAGCCAGGAGGGACACCGGGCCCAGCUGGUCAUCUCAGGCACCACCCUGCAGGAUGGCGGGCGUUACAAGUGCGAGGCUGGGGGUGCCUGGAGCAGCUCCAUCGUCAGGGUCCACGCUCAGCCUGUGUACUUCCGGGAGGGGCUGAAGGACCUGGAGGUGGUGGAGAGCGGUGCUGCCACACUGCGCUGUGCACUGUCAUCCGUGGCUGCGCCUGUGGAGUGGCACCGUGGAGAUGAGGUUCUACGGCCUGGGGGCAAGUACAGCCUGCGGCAGGAGGGCGCUGUGCUGGAGCUGGUGGUCCGGGACCUACAGCCACAGGACAGUGGGCAGUACUCUUGCCAGUUCAAGGACCAGAUGACCUCAGCCAUGCUCACCGUGAAGGGACUGCCUGUCACGUUCAUAGGAAGACUGAGAAACAAGGAGGCCAUGGAAGGGGCCACAGCCAUGCUGCACUGUGAGCUGAGCAAGGCAGCCCCCGUGGAGUGGAGGAAGGGGCCCGAGACCCUCAGAGCUGGGGACAGAGUCAUCCUGAGGCAGGACAGGGCCAUGUGUGAGCUGGAGAUCCGUGGCCUGGCCAUGGCAGAUGCCGGGGAGUACUCAUGUGUGUGUGGGCAGGAGAGGACAUCGGCCACGCUGACCAUCAGGGCCCUCCCUGCCAAGUUCACAAAGGGCCUAAAGAAUGAGGAGGCCACAGAAGGGGCCACGGCCAAGCUGAGCUGUGAGCUGAGCAAGGUGGCCCCCGUGGAGUGGAGGAAGGGGCCCGAGACCCUCAGAGCUGGGGACAGAGUCAUCCUGAGGCAGGAUCGGGCCUUGUGUGAGCUGGAGAUCCAUGGCCUGGCCAUGGCAGAUGCCGGGGAGUACUCGUGUGUGUGCGGGCAGGAGAGGACGUCGGCCACGCUGACCAUCAGGGCCCUGCCUGCCAAAUUCACAAGGGAUCUGAAGAAUGCAGAGGCCACCGAAAGGGCCACAGCCAUGCUGCACUGUGAGCUGAGCAAGGCGGCCCCCGUGGAGUGGAGGAAGGGGCCCGAGACCCUCAGAGCCGGGGACAGAGUCAUCCUGAGGCAGGAUGGGGCCAUGUGUGAGCUGGAGAUCUGUGAUCUGGCCAUGGCAGAUGCUGGGGAGUACUCAUGUGUGUGUGGGCAGGAGAGGACGUCGGCCAUGCUGACUGUCAGGGCCUUGCCAGCCAUGUUCACAAAGGGCCUAAGGAAGAAGGAGGCCACAGAAGGAUCCACGGCUAUACUGUGCUGUGAGCUGAGCAAGACGGCCCCCGUGGAGUGGAGGAAGGGGCCCGAGACCCUCAGAGCCGGGGACAGAGUCAUCCUGAGGCAGGACGGGGCCAUGUGUGAGCUGGAGAUCCAUGGCCUGGCCAUGGAAGAUGCCGGGGAGUACUCAUGUGUGUGUGGGCAGGAGAGGACAUCAGCCACGCUGACCAUCAGGGCCCUGCCUACCAAGUUCACAAAGGGCCUAAAGAAUGAGGAGGCCACGGAAGGGGCCACGGCCACACUGCACUGUGAGCUGAGCAAGGCGGCCCUCGUGGAGUGGAGGAAGGGGCCCGAGACCCUCAGAGCCGGGGACAGAGUCAUCCUGAGGCAGGAUGGGGCCGUGUGUGAGCUGGAGAUCCGUGGCCUGGCCGCGGCAGAUGCCGGGGAGUACUCGUGUGUGUGCGGGCAGGAGAGGACGUCGGCCACGCUGACUGUUGCAGCCCUGCCUGCCACGUUCACAAAGGAUCUGAAAAAUGAAGAGGCCAUGGAAGGGGCCACAGCCACGCUGCACUGUGAGCUGAGCAAGGUGGCCCCCGUGGAGUGGAGGUCAGGGCCCGAGACCCUCAGAGCUGGGGACAGAGUCAUCCUGAGGCAGGACGGGACCGUGUGUGAGCUGGAGAUCCGUGGCCUGGCCAUGGCAGAUGCCAGGGAGUACUCGUGUGUGUGCGGGCAGGAGAGGACAUCGGCCAUGCUGACCAUCAGGGCCCCACAGGUGGUGUUCCAGGAGCCCCUGCAGAGCCUGCAAGCUGAGGAGGGCACGUCAGCCACCCUGCGGUGCAAGCUGUCCCAGCCCAGCCCCGUAGUCUGGAGCAAGGGUGGCCUGGAGCUGCAGGCCGACGGGCACCAGGAAGCACGGCAGCGGGGCUCCACGGCGGAGCUGGUGCUGCGGGACCUGCGCAGGGAGGACACGGGCGAGUACACCUGUGCCUGUGGCUCCCAGACCACCAGCGCCACUCUCACCGUCACAGCUGCACCUGUGAGGUUCCUCCAUGAGCUUCAGGCCCAGGAGGUCGAGGAGGGCAUAACAGCACAUCUGCGCUGUGAGCUGAGCCGGGCAGGUGCCAACGUGGAGUGGCGCAAGGGCUCCCUGCAGCUCUUCCCAUGCGCCAAGUACCAGAUAGUGCAGGAGGGCACCACCGCAGAGCUGCUGGUGCACAGCGUUGAGCAGGAAGACACAGGCCUCUACACCUGUGACACAGGUCAUGCGCAGAGCUCAGCCAUCCUUUCAGUCCAUGCCCCCAGGCCCGCGUUCCAGAUGGAACUGGAGAGCACGGAGCAGGAGGCUGGUGGCCUGGCCCGGCUGUACUGCCAGCUGAGCAAGGCAGAGCCCGGGGUCCCCGUGCAGUGGCUCAAAGAGGGUAUAGAGCUACACGCAAGCCCCAAGUAUGAGAUGCGGCACCAGGGGGCCACCUGUGAGCUGCUCAUCCACGGGCUGGAGGCCAAGGACACGGGCGAGUACUCGUGUGUGGUGGAUGGCCAGAGAACCUUGGCCUCCGUCAAGGUCAAAGAGCCUGAGGUGACCAUCGUGCGGGGGCUGGUGGACACUGAGGUGCAGGCUGAUGGGGAGGCAGAGUUCAGCUGCGAGCUGUCACAAGCUGGUGUCACGGAUGUGGAGUGGCACCUUCAGGGCCUACGGCUGCAGAGCAAUGAGGUGACAGAGGUGACCAUGCAGGGUGACCACACCCACAUGCUGCGCCUGAAGUGUGUGACGCCUGAGGAUGCAGGCACCGUCUCCUUCCACGUGGGCCCCCACAGGUCCUCUGCCCAGCUCACUGUCCGAGUCCCAGAGGUCACCAUCCUGGAGCCCCUGAAGGACGUGCAGCUCAGUGAGGGCCAGGACGCCCACUUCCGGUGCCGGCUGUCCAGGGCCUCGGGCCAGGAGGCCCGCUGGGCCCUGGGAGGGGUGCCCUUGCAGGCCAACGAGAUGAACAAUAUCACAGUGGAGCAGGGCAUGCUCCACUUGCUCACCCUGCACAAGGUGACCCUCGAGGAUGCAGGAACUGUUAGUUUCCAGGUGGGCUCGUGUUUUUCUGAGGCCCAGCUGAAGGUUGUCUCAGAGGCAGCACCAUGCCUGGUACGUGGCUUGCAGAACGUGGACGUCUUUGCGGGGGAGGUUGCCACGUUCUCCUGUGAGGUGUCCCACGCAGGUGGGCCAGAGGCCCGCUGGUGGCUGGAUGGCACCCUGCUGCAGGAUGGUCCCCAGAGUGCCAUCUCCGUGUGUGAUGGGACCUUCCACUCCCUCACGCUCUCAGGCCUGGGGGUCGCCGACUCAGGCACCAUCACCUACCGUGCAGGGCCCCUGGUCUCCACGGCCAAGUUGUUGGUCAAAGAUCCCACAGUGGAGGUGGUGAGUGCCAUGCAGGACCUGGUGGUGGAGGAGGGCUGCCCGGCCGAGCUCCUCUGUCAGUACUCACGGCCCGUGCAGGCCACGUGGAAGAUGGACAAGCAGGAGGUGCAGGCGGAUGGGUGCCGUGUCAUCAUAGAGCAGGACUGGACCGUGGCCAGGCUGUCCUUCAGGCCGGCCUUGCCCUGCGACAGUGGCAUCUAUUCUUGUGAGGCUGCGGGCACCUGCGUGGUGGCCCUGAUGCAAGUGCAAGCCAAGAACACAGUAGUGCGCGGCCUGGAGAACGUGGAGGCGCCCGAGGGCGGCGAGGCACUGUUUGAGUGCCAGUUGUCGAGGCCCGAGGUGGCCGCCCACAGCUGGCUGCUGGACGAUGAGCCUGUGCACACCUCCGAGGACACUGAGGUGGUUUACUUCGAGAAUGGCCUGCGUCACCUCCUGCUGCUCAAAAACCUGCGGCCACAGGACAGCUGCAGGGUCACCUUCCUGGCAGGGGAAGUGGUGACAUCGGCGUUCCUCACCGUCAGAGGCUGGCGCCUGGAGGUCCUGGAGCCCCCGCAGGACGCUGCUGUGCCAGUAGGUGGGCAGGCGUGCUUCAGCUGCACACUCAGUGAGGCGGUGCCACUGAGCGAGGCGACCUGGUACAUCAAUGGGGCCACCGUGCAGCCAGAUGAUGCUGAGUGGACUGUCACCGUGGAUGGCAGCCACCACACCCUGCUGCUGUGCGGUGCCCAACUGCACCAUGCUGGCGAGGUUACCUUUGCGGCCCGUGACGCUGUGGCCUCCGCGCGGCUCACCGUGCUGGGCCUCCCUGACCCCCCAGAGGAUGCAGAGGUGGUGGAGUGCAGUGGCCGCUCUGUGACGCUGUCCUGGGUCGCACCUGCCAGCGAUGGAGGGGGCGGUCUCCGUGGCUAUCGGGUGGAGAUGAAGGCAGCAGCCACUGGAGAGUGGCAGCUAUGCCAUGAGCUGGUGCCUGGCCCCGAGUGCCUAGUGGACAGCCUGGACCCUGGAGAAACCUACCGCUUUCGUGUGGCAGCCGUGGGCCCUGCGGGUGCUGGGGAGCCUGUACACCUGCCUCAGACAGUGCGGCUUGAGCCCCAGGAUCCUCCAUCUGUGGCCCCCAUCCCCGAGAGCCGGCAGGUGGUCACUGGCGAGGAAGUGCGUCUGGAGUGCCACAUGGCUCAGGCGGGCGAGGUCAUCUGGCUGAAGGGGACAGAGCCCAUUCAGCCCAGUGGGCGCUUCCAGGUUCUCUGCCAGGGUCAGCAGCAGACGCUGGUGAUCCAGGGCUUCUCAGCGGAGGACCAGGGUGAAUACAUCUGUGGCCCUGCCUGCGGCCCCCCAUCCGCUGCAGCCGCCGCCUUCCAGGUGGUGCUGACCCCGGGGCCUGGGGCUGAGGCCCCCACGCAGCCCAGCCUGCCCCCCGAGGCCGCCCAGGAAGGUGACCUGCACCUGCUGUGGGAGGCCCUGGCUCGGAAGCGCCGCAUGAGCCGUGAGCCCACCCUGGAUUCCAUCAGUGAGCUGCCGGAAGAGGACGGGCGCUCGCAGCGCCUGCAGCAGGAGGUGGAGGAGGCAGCCCCUGACCUCUCUGAGGACUACUCUACGGCUGAUGAGCUGGUGCGCACGGGUGAGGCUGACCUCUCGCACACCAGCUCUGACGACGAGUCCCGGGCAGGCACUCCUUCCCUGGUUACCUACCUCAAGAAGGCUGGGAAGCCCAGCACCUCACCGCUGGCCAGCAAGAUUGGGGCCCCAGCAGUCCCGUCUGGGAAGCAACAGCAGCAGGAGCAGACGGGAGACCUGAGUGCCGAGGACCUGGGGGACCCAUCCAUGGACAAGGCGGCUGUGAAGAUCCAGGCUGCCUUCAAGGGCUACAAGGUCCGGAAGGAGAUGAAGCAGCAGGAGGGCCCUGUGUUCUGCCACACAUUUGGGGACACUGAAGUGCAGGUGGGGGACGUCCUGCGUCUGGAGUGUGUGGUGUCUAGCAAAGCAGACGUGUGUGCUCGCUGGCUGAAGGAUGGCGUGGAGCUGUCUGAUGGCAGGCACCACCACAUUGAUCAGCUCAGGGACGGCACCUGCUCUCUGCUGGUCACUGGCCUGGGCCAUGCCGAUGCUGGCCACUACACCUGUCAGGUGAGCAGCAGGUUUGGCAGUGUGGCCCACAGCGCCUGUGUGGUGGUCAGUGGGACGGAGAGUGAGGCAGAGAGCUCCUCUGGGGGAGAACUAGACGAUACCUUCCGCCGGGCUGCCCGGCGGCUGCACCGCCUCUUCCGCACCAAGGGCCCAGCCGAGGUUUCGGAUGAGGAGAUCUUCUUCAGUGCAGACGAGGGCUUGCCAGAGCCCAAGGAGCCUGGGGACUGGCAGACUUACUGUGAAGACCAGCACUUUGUGUACAUCUGCUUCAAGGACCUUGCUGAGGCCCGCCGGGCUACCACCUGCUUCCGGCAGAUGUUUGGCACACUGGGCAUCGGAGUAAACAUCAGCCUGUCAGAGGAGGGGCCCCGGGGGGUGGAGAUGCGCAUCAGCAAGGUGGCCUCCGUCCCUGCAGCACCUGUGGAACCAGCGCUCAGCUUGCUGACCAGCGAGGCUGCCCCAGUGUUCCUGACUGAGCUUCAAAAUCAGGAGGUGCAAGAUGGGUACCCCGUGAGCUUCGACUGUGUGGUGACGGGCCAGCCCGUGCCCAGUGUGAGCUGGUUCAAGGAUGGGAGGUUGCUGGAGGAGGAUGACCAUUACAUGAUCAGUGAGGACCAGCAGGGCAGCCACCAGCUCAUCAUCACGGCUGUGGUGCCAGGAGACAUGGGUGUCUACCGCUGCAUGGCCGAGAAUAGCGUGGGUGUGUCCUCUACCAAGGCAGAGCUCCGUGUGGACUUGACCAGCACAGAUUAUGACACUGCAGCAGAUGCCACAGAGACCUCAUCCUACUUCAGUGCCCAAAGCUACCUGUCCAGCCGGGAGCAAGAGGAGUCUACCUCAGAAGAGGGGCAGCUGCCUCAGGUGGUGGAGGAGCUGAAGGACGUCCAGGUGGCCCCUGGCUCACUCUUGGCCAAGUUCCAGCUCAAGGUGAAAGGCUACCCAGCACCCCGACUGUACUGGUUCAAGGACGGGCAGCCCCUGACUGCUUCCACGCACAUCCGCAUGACCGACAGGAACACACUUCAUACCCUGGAAAUCGUCACUGUGGCCUGUGAAGAUGCCGGGCAGUACUCAGCCUACAUGAGCAACGCCCUGGGCGCCGCCUACUCAUCUGCUCGGCUGCUGGUCCGAGGCCUCAGCGAUACUGAAGAGAAGCCAGCAUCAGAUGUGCUCGAGCAGCUGGCGCCGCCCAGAUUUCUGGAGAGGUUCACCAACAAGACGGUCAAGGAGGGUGCCAGCAUUACCUUCUCAGUGAAGGUGGAAGGACGCCCAGCACCCGCUGUGCACUGGCUGCGGGAGGAGGCUGGGAGGGGUGUGCUGUGGAUUGGCCAGGACACGCCGGGCUACACGGUGGCCAGCUGCGCACAGCAGCACAGUCUGGUCCUGUUGGAAGUGGGCCGGAAGCACCAGGGCACCUACACCUGCAUCGCCACCAACAACGCUGGCCAGGCCCUCUGCUCCGCCAGCCUGCAAGUCUCCAGCGUGCCCAAAGAGGUGGGGGUGGCAGAGGAGCAGACCGAGGCAAAGAAGGCCCUCAUCUCCACCUUCCUGCAGGGGACCCAAGCUGUCUCCACCCAGAUGUCGGAACCUGCAGGUUUCCCCGACCUUGCUGGGCAGAGGAAAGGAGAGCCCCUGGCUACAGAGGUCCGCAGCCACUUGUCCCUGGCCGAAGUGGGCACGGAGGAGUUCCUGCAGAAGCUCACCUCGCAGAUCACGGAGAUCGUUUCAGCCAAGAUCACGCAGGCCAAGCUGCAGGUGCCUGGAGGAGGGGACAGCGAUGAGGAGUCCAAGACGCCGUCUGCAUCCCCUCGGCAUGGCCGUUCACGCCCCUCCUCCAGCGUCCAGGAGUCAUCUUCAGAAUCAGAGGAUGGGGAUUCCCGGGGCGAGAUCUUUGACAUCUACAUGGUCUCGGCGGACUAUAUGCCGCUGGGGGCUGAACAGGAUGCCAUCUCGCUGCGGGAGGGCCAGUAUGUGGAGGUGCUGGACUCGGCCCACCCCCUCCGCUGGCUCGUGCGCACCAAGCCCACCAAGUCCAGCCCCUCUCGGCAAGGCUGGGUGUCCCCUGCCUACCUGGACAAGCGGCUCAAGCUGUCGCCUGAGUGGGGGCCUGCUGAGCCCCCAGAGUUCCCCCGGGAGGCCAUGUCUGCGGAUGAGUAUAAGACAAGGCUGAGCUCUGUCAUCCGGGAGCUGCUGAGCUCCGAGCAGGCCUUCCUGGGCAAGCUGCAGUUUCUACAAAGCCACCACAUGCAGCACCUGGACCACUGCCCCCAUGUGCCCACAGCUGUGGCCAGCCAGAAGGCUGUCAUCUUCCGCAAUGUGCAGGACAUCAGCCACUUCCACAGCAGCUUCUUGCAGGAGCUGCAGAACUGUGCCACAGAUGACGAUGUGGCCAUGUGCUUCAUCAAGAACCAGGUGGCCUUUGAGAAGUAUCUGGAGUUCCUGGUGGGCCGAGUGCAGGCAGAGUCGGCAAUGGUCAGCACUGCCGUGCAGGAGUUCUACAAGAAGUACACGGAGGAGGUGCUGUCUCCUGGGGACCCCUCACAGCUGUCCGAGCCCACGCUGCAGCACUUACUUGAGCAGCCCGUGGAGCGGAUCCAGCAGUAUCAGGCCCUGCUCAAGGAGCUGAUCCGGAACAAGGCGCGGAGCAGGCAGAACUGUGCACCACUGGAGCAGGCCUAUGCCAUGGUGUCAGAGGAGUUCCUGCAGAAGCUCACCUCGCAGAUCACGGAGAUCGUUUCAGCCAAGAUCACGCAGGCCAAGCUGCAGGUGCCUGGAGGAGGGGACAGCGAUGAGGAGUCCAAGACGCCGUCUGCAUCCCCUCGGCAUGGCCGUUCACGCCCCUCCUCCAGCGUCCAGGAGUCAUCUUCAGAAUCAGAGGAUGGGGAAUCCCGGGGCGAGAUCUUUGACAUCUACAUGGUCUCGGCGGACUAUAUGCCGCUGGGGGCUGAACAGGAUGCCAUCUCGCUGCGGGAGGGCCAGUAUGUGGAGGUGCUGGACUCGGCCCACCCCCUCCGCUGGCUCGUGCGCACCAAGCCCACCAAGUCCAGCCCCUCUCGGCAAGGCUGGGUGUCCCCUGCCUACCUGGACAAGCGGCUCAAGCUGUCGCCUGAGUGGGGGCCUGCUGAGCCCCCAGAGUUCCCCCGGGAGGCCAUGUCUGCGGAUGAGUAUAAGACAAGGCUGAGCUCUGUCAUCCGGGAGCUGCUGAGCUCCGAGCAGGCCUUCCUGGGCAAGCUGCAGUUUCUACAAAGCCACCACAUGCAGCACCUGGACCACUGCCCCCAUGUGCCCACAGCUGUGGCCAGCCAGAAGGCUGUCAUCUUCCGCAAUGUGCAGGACAUCAGCCACUUCCACAGCAGCUUCUUGCAGGAGCUGCAGAACUGUGCCACAGAUGACGAUGUGGCCAUGUGCUUCAUCAAGAACCAGGUGGCCUUUGAGAAGUAUCUGGAGUUCCUGGUGGGCCGAGUGCAGGCAGAGUCGGCAAUGGUCAGCACUGCCGUGCAGGAGUUCUACAAGAAGUACACGGAGGAGGUGCUGUCUCCUGGGGACCCCUCACAGCUGUCCGAGCCCACGCUGCAGCACUUACUUGAGCAGCCCGUGGAGCGGAUCCAGCAGUAUCAGGCCCUGCUCAAGGAGCUGAUCCGGAACAAGGCGCGGAGCAGGCAGAACUGUGCACCACUGGAGCAGGCCUAUGCCAUGGUGUCAGCGCUGCCGCAGCGUGCUGAGAACCAGCUGCACGUGUCACUAAUGGAGAACUACCCUGGCACCCUGGAGGCCCUGGGCGAGCCCAUCCGCCAGGGCCACUUCAUUGUGUGGGAGGGGGCACCUGGAGCACGGAUGCCCUGGAAAGGCCACCACCGGCAUGUCUUCCUGUUCCGCCACCACCUGGUAGUCUGCAAGCCCCGGCGGGACUCACGCACAGACAGCUUCAGCUAUGUGUUCCGGAACAUGAUGAAGCUCAGCAGCAUUGACCUGAAUGACCAGGUGGAGGGGGAUGACCGAGCCUUUGAGGUCUGGCAUGAGCGGGAGGACUCGGUGCGCAAAUACCUGCUGCAAGCACGGACGGUCAUCACCAAGAACUCCUGGGUGAAGGACAUCUGCGGCAUACAGCAGCGCCUGGCCCUGCCCAUGUGGCACCCCCCAGAAUUUGAAGAGGAGCUCGCUGACUGCACGGCUGAGCUGGGCGAGACAGUCAAGCUGGCCUGCCAUGUGACAGGCACCCCUAAGCCCGUCGUCAGCUGGUAUAAAGAUGGGAAACCAGUGGAGGUAGACCCUCACCACAUCCUCAUCGAAGAUCCUGAUGGCUCAUGCAGCCUCAUCCUGGACAACCUGACUGGCACGGACUCCGGCCAGUACAUGUGCUUUGCGGCCAGCCCUGCUGGCAAUGCCAGCUCCCUGGGCAAGAUUCUGGUGCAAGUACCCCCGCGGUUUGUAAACAAGAUCCGGGCAGCACCCUUCAUGGAAGGCAAGGAUGUCCAGCUCACCUGCACCAUUGGAGGCACCCCACACCCUCAGAUCAGGUGGUACAAGGAUGGGGCCCUGCUGAUGCCUGGCAGCAAGUACCGGACCCUGAGUGAGCCCCACAGCGGCCUGCAGGUGCUGGAGAUUCGGGCAGCCACGAAAGGGGACCUGGGCCACUAUGAGUGUGAGCUGGUGAACCAACUGGGCUCGACUCGGGGUGGGGUGGACCUGUUCAUGCCCAGCCCAGCACUGCGGGCCCAGGAGCAGCUUGCUGCUGUGGAAGAUGCCACCAUCCCACCCCCAGCUGCCCCGAAGCAAGCAGACCAAGAGAUCACAUCUGUCCUGAGGACACUGGUGUGCUCAGAGGCUCCAAGACCCUCCACAGUGGGCCAUGCCAGCCCAGGUCCUGGCCCUGAGGGGCCACCCGAACUCCGGGAGGCUGGCCCCCAGCUCCCAGGCAUGGAAGUCUCAGGUGCAUCUGCAGAGCCCCAGAAGUUGCCUCUCCCCAGUGAGGGCCAGGAGCAGGACUCAGCCCCAGCACGCGUAGUGCCCAUCCGGAUGGAGGGUGCAACCCGGCCAGGGUCAGGAGCAGCGGAGGUCUGGGACAUCCACAGCCAUGUUAUCACGGAGACCACGCACAGGACAUAUGUGUACCAGCCCAGUGCCACAGGUGCCACAGGCCUAUGGGCUCCCUCUCCCACCCCAGAGCCCCCAUCCAUGCAGGUCACCAUCGAGGACGUGCAGGCACAGAGGGGCAGCACUGCGAAAUUCCAGGCAGUCAUCGAGGGCAGCCCAGAGCCCACAGUGGCCUGGUACCGGGACAGCAUCGAGCUGGUGGACAGUGCCCGGCUCAGCCAGCUGCAGGAAGGGACCACCUACUCCCUGGUGCUAAGGAACGUGGCCCAGCACGAUGCAGGUGUCUACACCUGCCUGGCGCGCAAUGCUGGUGGCCAGGUGCUGUGCAAGGCAGAGCUACUAGUGCACGGGGGGGAUAGCAAACUGGACGUAGACAAGCAAAGCUACCGGAGGAAACUGCACUCCUUCUACGAGGUCAAGGAGGAGAUUGGAAGGGGUGUGUUCGGCUUCGUGAAGAGGGUGCAGCACAAGGGGAACCAGAUGUCCUGUGCCGCCAAGUUCAUCCCCCUACGGAGCAGGACACGUGCCCAGGCCCACAGCGAGCGGGAUACCCUGGCCAUGCUGAGCCACCCCCUGGUCACUGGGCUACUGGACCAGUUUGAGACCCGGAAGACCCUCAUCCUCAUCUUGGAGCUGUGCUCCUCUGAGGAGCUGCUGGACCGCCUGUUCAAGAAGAGCGUGGUGACGGAGGCCGAGGUCAAGGUCUAUAUCCAGCAGCUGGUGGAGGGGCUGCACUACCUGCACAGCCAGGGCAUCCUCCACCUGGACAUAAAGCCCCCCAACAUCCUGAUGGUGCAUCCUGCUCGAGAAGAUAUUAAAAUCUGCGACUUUGGCUUUGCCCAAAAAAUCACCCCGACAGAGCCACAGUACAGCAAGUAUGGCUCCCCGGAAUUUGUGUCCCCAGAGAUCAUAGAGCAGACCCCUGCAAGCGAGGCCUCUGACAUCUGGGCCAUGGGAGUCAUCUCCUACCUCAGCCUGACCUGCUCCUCCCCGUUCGCUGGGGAGAGUGACAGAGCGACCCUCCUCAAUGUGCUCGAGGGGCGGGUGUCCUGGAGCAGCCCCGCAGCAGCCCACCUCAGUGAGGAUGCCCAGGACUUUAUCAAGGCCGCCCUGCAGAGGGCCCCAGAGGCGCGGCCCAGCGCUGCCACGUGCCUCAUCCACCCCUGGUUUCUGAAGUCUGUGCCCGCCGAGGAGGCCCACUUCAUCAGCACCAAGCAGCUCAAGUUCCUGCUGGCCCGAAGCCGCUGGCAGCGCUCCCUGAUGAGCUACAAGUCCAUCCUGGUGAUGCGGUCCAUCCCCGAGCUGCUCCAUGGCCCGCCCGACAGUCCGUCCCUCGGGGUGGCCAGACAUCUGCGCGGCGACGCCAGCACCUCCUCCAGCAGCUCUUCUUCCUCCUCCGACAGCGAGCUGGCGCCCUUUGCCCGGGCCAGGUCGCUGCCGCCUUCUCCGGUGACCCACUCCCCACUGCUGCACCCCCGGGGUUUCCUGAGGCCCUCGGCCAGCCUUCCCGAGGAGACCGAGGCUUGCGCACCCGCCACGGCCACGCCUCCGCUUGAGGCGUCCCAGGGCGCAGAGCCGCCGGGUGUCCCAGGCUGCGUGCCCCGGCAGAGCGUCAUCCACAGCCUGUUCUACCAGCAGGCGGGCGAGGGCCCCGAGCACGGGGUCCUGGCCGCGGGCGCCAGGCUGCACCCGGCUCCGCGCAGGCACCUGCUCAAGGGGGGCUACUUCGCUAGGGCCUUGCCUGGCCUGCGCGAACCGCUGCUGGAGCACCGCGCGCUGGAGGAGCAGGCCGCCAGGGAGGAGCAGGCCGCCCUGAUGGCCAAAGCGCCCUCCUUCGAGACUGCCCUGCGGCUGCCAGGCGCCAGUGCCCGCGAGGUCCCUGGCCGCAGCCGCUCCCUGGACCUGAACCUGCCUCGCCCAGCCAGCCCCUCCACCGAGCCCUGCCAGGAGAGCCAGUGUGUGGCCCCAGGCCCCUCUGGCCUGCAGGGGUCCCCAGUGGAGAGCAGACCUGGAGAUGUCUCACUUUUUAGUGGGAUGGAGCGUCCAGAAGGGUCCUGCCAGGGGUCCAGUGGUGGCCACUGGGGUUCACAGCAAGAAGGGUCUUCCCAGGACAGCUGUGAGGGGCAGUCGGUCCCUUUCUUGGACCCCCAGUGUGGUCUGGCCCCCCAGGAGAGCUGCGGCCCCCCUUUGGCUGCUGCACCACAAACUCUUGGCUCUUCCCCUCCAGGGCCAUGCGGGGAGGCUCUACUGCCACCCCUGAGCCCCUCCCUUGCUGGGGUGCCCCAGGCCCCCUUCUCCACUGUUCAAGUAAGUCUACAGCCAGACUCUAAGAGGGGGCUGGAGGCCACCCCUCUCUCUUGGAGGCCUGGCUCCCCUGGCUCCCCAGGACCAGCCUUCCCUGGGGGCAUGGAACCCAGCCCUUCCCUGGACACUAAGGGCAUGGAGGACCCACUGGAGUCUACACCCAGCCCACAGCAGCCUCAGGAGCAGGCAACCACGCGGAAGUUCUCUCUGGGGCACCGUGGGGGCUUCGCAGGAGUGGCGGGUUACGGCACCUUUGCCUUUGGUGGGGAUGCAGGGGGCAUGCUGGGGCAAGGUCCGCUGUGGGCCAGGAUGGCCUGGGCCACCUCUCAGUCUUCAGAGGAGCAGGAUGAGGCUAGAGCCCAGAGCCCAUCCCCAAAGGCCAGCAGAGUGCCCCUACCUGAGGUCUGCAGGGUGCCUCCCAAGGCCUCCUCGGACCUGACCUCAUGGGAGGACUUGGGCGGGGGCUCUCAGGUGUCACUGGUGCAGAUACGGGACCUGUCUGGGGACUCGGAGGCAGCUGACACUGUGUCCCUGGACAUCUCAGAGGUGGACCCUGCCUACCUCAACCUGUCCAACCUGUAUGACAUCAAGUACCUCCCGUUUGAGUUCAUGAUCUUCAGGAGAGUCCCCAAGCCCGCUAAGCCAGACCCACCAUCCUGGCCUGAUUCCGAGGCUGAGGAGGAGCUGGCUGAGCUCCCAGGGGCCCUGGAGCCCUGGCUGGGAGCACUGGGCCUGCCUGCAGGCCUGGAGAUCACCAAGGAGCCGGAGGACUUGGAAGCCCUGCUAGGAGAGGCCACCGGCGGCAGAAAGCGCAAAUGGUCACCUCCCUCCAGGGGCCUUUUCCACCUCCCUGGGAGGCGUGCACUGCUGGAGGAGCCUGUGGAGUUGGGCCUGCGCCGCAGGGUGAGGGCCUCUGUGGCCCACAUUUCCCGCCUCCUGAAGGGCAGACCCGAAGGAAUGGAGAUGGAGGGCCCUGCCAGAAAGAAGGCAGGCCUACCUUCCUUUCGGCUGUCAGGCCAGAAAAGCAGGGACCAAGCACCAUCACUCCUAAAGGAGCUCUCAGAUGAAACCGUGGUCCUGGGACAGUCUGUGACACUCACUUGCCAGGUGUCAGCCCAGCCAGCCGCACAGGCCACCUGGAGCAAAGAUGGGGCUAUCCUGGAGAGCAGCAGCCGCCUCCUCAUCUCCUCCACGCAUAAGAACUUCCAGCUGCUGACCAUCCUGUCAGUGACUGCUGAAGACCUGGGCGUGUACACGUGCAGCCUGCAUAACAUUCUGGGGGCAGUGGCCACCACAGCCGUGCUCCGGAAGGCAGAGCGCCCCCAUUCCUCCCCACGCCCGGACAUCGGAGAGGUGUAUAAUGAUGGGGUGCUGCUGGUCUGGAAGCCCGUGGAGUCCUGUGGCCCUGUAACCUACACCGUUCAGUGCAGCCUGGAAGGUGGCGGCUGGAGCACGCUGGCCUCGGACAUCUUUGACUGCUGCUACUUCACCAGCAAGCUUUCCCGGGGCGGCGUGUACACCUUCCGCACGGCCUGUGUCAGCAAGGCAGGCAUGGGUCCCUACAGCAGCCCAUCAGAGCAGGUCCUCCUGGGAGGGCCCAGCCACCUGGCCUCCGAGGAGGAGAGCAGCACCCCACGGCCAGCCCAGCCCCUCCCCAGCACACAGACUUUCGCCUUCCAGACACGGAUUCAGAGGGGCCGCUUCAGCAUGGUGCGGCAGUGCCGGGAGAAGGCCAGCGGGCGCGUGCUGGCUGCCAAGAUUGUCCCCUACCGCCCCGAGAACCAGACGUCUGUGCUGCGUGAAUACGAGGCACUCAAGGGCCUGCGCCACCCCCACCUGGCCCAACUGCAAGCUGCCUACCUCAGCCCCCGGCACCUGGUCCUCAUCUUGGAACUGUGUUCCGGGCCAGAGCUGCUCCCCUGCCUGGCUGAAAGAGCUUCCUACUCCGAGUCAGAGGUGAAGGACUACCUGUGGCAGAUGCUGAGUGCCAUCCAGUACCUGCAUGCCCAGCACAUCCUGCACCUGGACUUAAGGUCGGAGAACAUGAUCAUCACCGAAUACAACCUGCUCAAGGUCAUCGACUUGGGCAAUGCCCAGAGCCUCGCCCAGGAGAGGGUCCUGCCCUCUGAGAAGUUCAAGGACUACAUGGAAACCAUGGCUCCGGAGCUCCUGGACGGCCAGGGUGCUGUCCAGCAGACUGACAUCUGGGCCAUAGGCGUGACAGCCUUCAUCAUGCUGAGCGCCGAGUACCCUGUGAGCAGCGAGGGGAUCCGUGACCUGCAGAAAAGCCUGCGCAAGGGGUUGAUCCGUCUGAGUCGCUGCUACGCAGGGCUGUCAGGCGGCGCUGUGGCCUUCCUCCGUAGCACGCUGUGCGCGCACCCCUGGGGCCGGCCGUGCGCGUCCAGCUGCCUGCAGUGCCCGUGGCUGACCGAGGAGGUCCCGGCCUGCUCCCAGCCCACCGCGGUGACCUUCCCCACCGCGCGUCUGCGCGCCUUCGUGCGUGAGCGCGAGAAGAGGCGGGCGGUGCUGUACAAGAAGCACAACCUGGCCCAGGUGCGCUGAGCGCCUGGCCCUGCGGGGCGGGUGUGUGUGCGUUGGGUCGGGUUGCCCUCCUGGAUGUCCUUUGCCUCUCCUCUGGGACUUGCUGCAUAAGUACAGGCGUGCCAAUAAAAAAGAAGAACCGGGUGAGGUGGCUUCUGUUUGAUCGUUUUG